AAAAAUAUGUGGGUAUAAGUGAAAAAAACCCUACUAAUUAUUGAGUACAGUUGAAAAUUGAUAAAUUUAUUGGAUACAGCUGAAAAUUUUUAAAAGUACAUCAGUAUAAAUAAAAAAACCCUAAAUAUUUUUAUAAAGUUAAUAAGAAAAAUUUAUUAUAAGAAUAACAAAUAAAAUAUCUAAAAUGACAAAUUGAAAAUUACUCCGCCCAACAUACCCGUGCUUUCACUAGUAGGAACAUAAAACGUGAUUAAAACAACCUUUUGUCUCUUAUAAAACACAAGAUCAAAUUUGUCAAGUUGUCACUUGUCCAACAUUUCAAUUCUUUGCUCUCCGAAGAAACGGAGUAAUAAUGAUGUCUUUCUCUCUCCUCCAUUCCGCCGCCGGCACUGCAACAUCUACAUUCGAAUCUAUCCCCUCCGGCCGCCGCCAUUUCUAUCCUGAUUUCUCUCUCCGUCGUCUCCCAAAGCUUAACCGUCAUUGUUCCACCAUUGUUAAAGCUAGUGUUAUCUCUCCCGAAGAAACUUUCACUAGGAAACCUCUUCCGUCUCUAUCUUCUUCGUCUCCGGUGUUGAAACUCGUUUCCAGCAAUUCUCUUCAGUAUGAGAGUGGUUUCCUUGGUGCUGUUCCCGAUUCUUCAUCGCUUGAUUCGGAAGCCGUUUCUACGGUUGCUAUGGAGUAUUUGACGAAUAUAUUGCUGUCUAAAGUUUAUGAUGUUGCUGUCGAGUCGCCAUUGCAACUCGCUGAAAAGCUCUCUGAUAGGUUAGGUACUAAUUUCUGGCUUAAAAGAGAGGAUUUACAACCGGUUUUCUCAUUCAAGUUGCGGGGUGCUUACAAUAUGAUGGUAAAGCUUCCAAAGGAGCAAUUGGAAAGAGGGGUUAUAUGUUCAUCAGCAGGAAAUCAUGCGCAGGGGGUGGCUUUGUCUGCUAAGAAACUGGGGUGUAAUGCUGUGAUUGUUAUGCCUGUGACUACACCAGAAAUAAAGUGGAAAUCUGUUGAGAGGCUGGGUGCCACUGUUGUCCUUGUGGGAGACUCUUAUGAUGAGGCACAAGCAUAUGCUAAGAAUAGGGCUGAAGAGGAGGGACGGACAUUUAUACCUCCAUUUGACCAUCCAGAUGUCAUUAUGGGGCAAGGGACCAUAGGCAUGGAGAUUGUGAGCCAAACAAAAGGCCGUCCAUUGCACGCAAUCUUUGUCCCAGUAGGUGGUGGUGGACUCAUAGCUGGUAUUGCUGCUUAUGUGAAAAGAGUCAAACCAGAGGUCAAAAUUAUAGGGGUGGAACCAUCUGAUGCCAAUGCAAUGGCUCUGUCAUUACACCAUGGACAAAGAAUUAUGCUGGAUAAAGUUGGAGGAUUUGCAGAUGGUGUAGCUGUUAAAGUGGUCGGGGAGGAAACUUUUCGCAUAUGCAAGGAAUUGAUAGAUGGUGUAGUGCUUGUUAAUCGGGAUGCCAUUUGUGCUUCCAUAAAGAACAUGUUUGAGGAGAAACGGAGUAUACUGGAACCUGCAGGGGCUCUUGCUCUCGCUGGUGCUGAAGCCUAUUGCAAAUACUAUGGCAUAAAGAAUGAAAAUGUUGUUGUAAUCACCAGUGGUGCAAAUAUGAACUUUGAUAGGUUGAGAUUAGUCACUGAACUUGCGGAUGUUGGUCGGCAGCAGGAAGCCGUGCUCGCAACUUUUAUGCCUGAAGAACCUGGUAGCUUCAAAAUAUUUACUGAAAUGAUAGGACCAAUGAAUAUUACUGAAUUUAAAUACAGAUCUAACUCUGCAAAACAAGAGGCUUUAGUUCUCUACAGUGUUGGCCAUCAUACUGUUUCUGAACUUGAAGCAAUGAAGGAGCGCAUGGAAUCUUCUAAGCUUCAAACUAUUAACUUGACAAAUAAUGAUCUGGUUAAGGAUCAUUUACGGCAUUUGAUGGGAGGUCGAUCAAAUUUGCAAGAUGAAGUUCUUUGUAGGUUUGUCUUUCCGGAACGACCAGGAGCUCUUAUGAAUUUUUUGGAUGUGUUUAGCCCACGAUGGAAUAUUAGUUUGUUCCAUUACCGUGCACAAGGUGAAGCCGGUGCUAACGUAUUAGUCGGCGUCCAAGUACCUUCGUCAGACAUUGACGAAUUUCGAGAGCGAGCUGAUAACCUCGGGUAUAUGUAUGCUAUAGAGAGUGACAAUGAGUUGUAUGAUGUAUUGAUGCACUGACCCAUAAGGAAGUGGUAUCGUUAUUUAUAAAUGGUAGUAGUAUUUGGUGACGAAAAGAAGACAAUAAAUGGUACUGCAAACAUAUUAGUGAAGGUAGUAGUGGCAAAGAGAAUCCAUUGUGUAUCAUCUAGAGAUUGAUGAUUCCUUGCUACACGAACAUCUUUUUAUUGUCAUUUCUUACCACUGCAAGGCUGUAAGCUAUAUCGAGUCUGUUUCCAUUACUAAGUUUAUGUUGAGCCAAAACUUCUCUAGAACUCCUAUUUUAUGCAAUAAAUGUUACGCGAGUUUUUAACUUGCGUUUUAUA